AUGUUUUCCCAUCUCAAAACGUGCCCGCCAGGAAAGGGAAAUAGAGAAGAGUCGCGUGGGCAAGUGAUAACACCCAAAUUUCGUCCAUUUUUCAAGAUCGCUGGUUAUUUGGGUGCUUUGGUCGACGGCACGACACACUGUCAUUCAGGUUUCCUUGAAUUUUUUGUUUCGAUAAGGCUUCUGAAAAGAAAAACGUGGAAAAGAAUCCUUCAAUGUCUUUUUAACGGAAUCGCCUGUUAAAAAUGGAGUUCCUUCUAGAAAGUUUCAAUUCCGAAGGUUUUCGAGGCAACAUAAAUCUUUUAUAUUGGGUCGAAAACCUUCAAAACAUUCUUAUUGCAAUUUUGAGUCAUUCUGAUUCACAGUUUCGAUGAAUAGGUCCUUAUAUGAAGCGGUUCUCAUCAAAAAAGCUUUAGAAAGUGUUUUUUUUUUUUGGUUUAAAUCUUAUAUGGGGUUCAAUUUUUAGACACCUUGAGAUGCAAAAUUUGAAUUUUAUGUAACCUUUCAAUGCACUUUUUUCUCAACUUCUCAAAAAUCUUCAAUAAUAAAAGCAAUGGAAAACAUUUCUGAUGAUAAAACUUUUAUCGGAAAAAAUGUCCGAAAGUUUGGCUUCAAAAAUUGUAUUCGGAUAACAACAGCCUCAACCGACAUUUUCUCUUUCUCAAAAUCCCAACGCACAUGAGAGAAUAAAUUUUCUUCUCACAACCAAAACUGACUCUCAUUUUUUCUUCCUUUGAAGCCUCGGCGCCCGACGACAAUAUCGGAGAAUGCUUGGAGCCUGAGAAUCUUAAGCGUUUCGCUCUACGAGCCAAAUGAACAAAAAAAAGGAGGUGGAAGGUCGGCCCUCCUAUCUGUUUCCGCCAGUUUUCCUGCGUUCAACCUUCUUUAACACCAUUACUUUUCUGUUUCUGUUUUUGUUCUUCAAGGAAAAAUUGGAAAGAAUAUUCAAUAAAGCUUGGGAAAGGUGUCCGGUUGAGGUUUCAAUGAAACUUGGUUGAUGGAUCUUCUGGAACGCUCUUUUUUUUCAGAUCAGCCGUGAUAAAGUGAACUUUUCGUUUCUCAGUUUCUCGGAUAAAUAAAAAAUGAGUAUUCUUUUUUUGCGUCUUUCAAGCUCUAUAACAACACUAAAAGGCGGAAAGCGCAGUUUUUCCCUUAUUUUAAAUCAGGAUGCUUAAAAAAACUACUGAACCAAGAUCAAUUAGAUUCAAAACCGAACACGAAAAUUGAAAACCUAUUUUUUCCUAAACUCUUCGUGUUUUUCUUCUGUUUACUCUUAUGAAAAAGUUCCUUUUCCGUACAAUUUCCUCCCUGGCUGCAAGUUGGAGCUACUCCGUGAGCACUCACCUUAAAAACAACAUCUAAUUAUAACUUUUCCCAUGAAAAAUAGGUUUUGGAGUCUACUUUUAUAAUAUUAUGUGCACUAAUUUGCACGUUUUACAGCUCUCUUUGGCUUUUUCCCAACUUGUUUUCGACGAGAAAACGAAUCUUUAGUCUUUGCCGCACUCCUUAUCUUACUUUACCUUUUUUAGUAUUGGCUGAUGAAGCAGUUUUUUCCGAUUGUCCAUUUAAUCCGAUAAGAUAAGCGCCAAAUCUUUCCGUGUUCGCGGAUCUUGAACAAAAAAGGAAAGUUUGCAAAACUUCAAGUCACAAAACUUCGCUUAAAAACCCGAUUUUCGGAAACAAUGAAGUCUUGUCACUGUCAAAUGUCAUUACCAUCACUCCACUUGUUGAUUUUCUAGACUUCUGUCUUUCUGUCAGUCUGAGAGCUCAUUUUGCUUCAUCGAGACGUUCUCGUUUGCUUUGUUUUUCCAUGAGUGAGAAUCUCUAUGACCUUUGCUUUUUUCAGGCCGUCGCAAAAACUCUACUCUGUUCAUCAAAGUUCACUUCGAAAUGUCUUCUCGUAUUUCGAAAGGUUUGUACUUUCAUAUAUACUUUUAAUCGCGUUAUUGAGGGGUCCAGAAAAUGAAUAACAAAAUGGAAAAUUGUUCAGGGCGUAAAGUUACUUCAGCGUGCUGUUUUAAACAACAAAAAAAGCUUUUCUCUGCUUUCUAGUCAUUAUAAAGCUUUAAAAUGCGUUAAGAAUCGAUUUUAUUAAUAAAUAAAACGUUUUCUGGUAUUUUCAAUCCGCAAUAACAUAACUAAAGAAAAAUUGAUUUUUUUCGACCCGUCAUCAGAAAAAAAUUUAUUAAUCAACUUUUUUUAACUACUGAAAAUAAGGAAAAAAACCUGAAGUUUUUCUCUGCUCUCCAAAAACCUUUUCCAGACUUAAUCGACAGCAUGGACAUUUCCACGCACCUGCAAGCCGUACCAAUGCUCGGCAAUCAAAUCGUCCCAAGUAAGCUCGGAAUUUUAAAUAAUCCUUCAUUACGAUCGCAAUUCCAGAAAUUUGGGCUCAUUUGGAGAAGAAAGGUCUGACCGAAGAGGAAAUGAUGGCCAACAUCGAAAUGGCACAAAUCGAAGCGCGACUUUCGUCCCACAGGAAUGCUUCAUCCUCACCUCAAAUUGGUUUUCCCCCAAUGAGAAAAUAAUUAAAACAGAAAAAGUUCAGCUCGCCAACAACCAGUUCUCCCUUCGAUUUCGUCGACAGAAAACGCCCAUGAAUUGAAGGUAAAAUUCGAGAAGAUGUCUUUUUGGGACGAAAUUCUUGCAGCGCUCCCUCGCCUUCGACUCUGAGAACAUGCCCGCCCCGAAAAUCGCCAGAAACAAGCCGUGA